AGGUUGUAGUCUGUGUGCAUUUUGAAUGUGAUUUCUACCGUGGAAGUCUGUACCAAAGAUGCCUAUUGGGACCUGUAUUCUGCUUAUUUGUGGGACAAAAAACAAGAUGGAUAAUCAAACAUGGUAUCUGAGAACUUCAAAGCUGGCCCUGGCCUUGGCAAUUAUCCGCUCCAAACCAGCAGACAAAAGCAGCAGAGAAUAUACGGAGCAUCUUGCGAGGAUGGUGUCCGGGCAGGAAUCAAGGUGGAGAUCAAAAGUCGAAGCCUUGGAAGCUGAAGUUCUACAAUUACGUCAGAAACUACUCCUGAGCAGGAUUUUUUCGGGAUCAUUUAAGAGUGGAGACCCAUCUUCCCAGUUGCAGGCUCAGGAACCUAAAAGUUCUGAAAAUACACCAACUCUGCUGGAGGAUUCCGGGUGUUAUUUAUCAAGUGAGCAGCAGACGCCCUCAGAGAUGCCCCAGUGCUGUGGGGAGAGCCAGAUCCCCACCCCCUUCUCAUCACUGCCUAUUGGGAGUAAACCCUGUGCUCCCCCAGAAGAGCCUCUGUCCUCUCACAUGCAGUUCUUGCAACAUCUGCUUGGACUGAAGAACUUGACUGAGUCAGAGUAUCUUAAAACAGACUUAAGCCACUUUGAAAAUGCCUCUGCCACAAUAUCGGAUUCUGUUUUUCAGUUGCUGGAGGGCUUGAUUGCUUUUUACCGAGCACCCAAACUUCCUUGUUCAAGCUUUUGGACAGAAGCUAUUGAUACUUUAGCUAGACUGAUUGGUGAUUGUAACUUAUCUAAUCAUAUUCUUAGAAAGUGUUCCAAAAAGUUGGAAGAGUUUGAGAAGACCCUGGUACAGGUUAUUUUAAGGAACAACCAUAUCAAUCGGUUUCAGGUGCAGCGUUAUGUCUCGCAGAGUCUGGUAAUGCUGGGAAGUUGCAGCUUGUUGAGAAGAUCUAUAAUAUCUCUGCUUCUGUCAGAAGUAAACAGCUUUGCUGAUGAUCUGGGUGCCAUCGACCAGGUACAAGCCAAUUAUGAUGUGGCACGCUAUGAAAAUAUGUUCUCUGUGCUCUGGGUUCUGGAGCAACUUCUUCAAAAGGAAAACAAAGAAGACAACUCUUCAAGAAUGGGGCAUGAGGAUCAGGAAAUCAAGAAAUUUCUUCAGAAACAUGAUGAAACUGUUUUCAAACUCUCUGAUGCAUUUCCUUUAUUUACUUUUUAUUUGUGGAGACUGGGCAUUCUCUUGAACUCAGUAGAAAUAGGAACUGUUGGAAAUGACUCACUUCCUUAG